AUGGAUGUCAUACUUGCUCGGCAUCGUGAAAUAAAUGUAACGAAUAAUACAAUACCAGAUCAACACGUUAAUAAACUAUAUGAAAAAAUAUCAACUGAUUUAUUACGUACUCAUAAUGGUAAUUUAAGUGAUGAUACAAAUUCUUAUUGUGUUUUAUCGUUAGUUGAAAAAAACAUACAGGGAUCAGCAGAACAUGCAUUAUUUAUUUUUAAAUCUUCUACAAGCUCACCAGUGUCAUUUUUAGAUUUAACUUGUAAAUAUAUCAUUCCAGUCGAUGAGAAUUUUAUUUGUGACUUCAGCACGCCUCUGAAAACUGCAAAUGAUGGAGUUAAUCUCUUUAUUCACAUAACAGGAAGACAUAAUACAAAUAUAAAAUGCAAAACUUCAGAAUGUGAACAAACUAGUAAUUUUAUAAGCGAGAUUUUCAGAUUAAUCGAAGUGUCUGCCAAAAAUAAAAACAAUUGUGAUUUUUCUUGGAUCACACCUUUUUUAACAUCAUAUCCUCCUGAAAUGGAAACCGGUCGAAGUCGAGAAGUCGAUUUGGAACAAUCUUUUUUAGAUUCAUCAGACAUGGCAAUACAAAGGCAAAAUAUUGCCAAAGGAGGACAAUCAUCAAUAUCGGCAAGAGAGCAAAUAAUAAAACAUUACAUGACCCUCAAAGCCAACGAGUACACAUACACUCAAAAUGUCAAAAUAUUUAUAGGUACCUGGAAUGUAAAUGGACAACCAGCAGCAGUGAGUUUAUCAGAUUGGUUGACGACGACAAAUCCCGAAUAUCCCGACGUACCUGAUAUUUAUGCUGUCGGAUUCCAAGAAUUAGAUUUAUCCAAGGAAGCUUUUUUAUUUAAUGAAACUCCAAGAGAAGGAGAAUGGUUAGAAGCCGUAUCGAACGCUUUACAAAAUCAUAAAUCGGUUACUUAUCAUAAAAUAUGUCUAGUCCGUUUAGUUGGAAUGAUGUUGAUAGUUUUUGUACAAGAUAAACAUAUAGAUCAUGUUAGGAACGUGGUAUCGGACACGGUGGGAACGGGAAUCAUGGGAAAAAUGGGGAAUAAAGGGGGUAUAGGAGUGAGAUUUGAUUUUUACGCUACGUCAAUGUGUUUCGUUAAUUCUCAUUUGGCUGCUCACGUGGAAGAAUACGAGAGGAGAAAUCAAGAUUUUAAAGAUAUUACGUCACGAAUGGGUUUCACAGUACAAAAUUCAAGAUAUGCCAUCAAGGAUCACAAGCAAGUUUAUUGGCUUGGAGAUCUUAAUUAUCGCGUCACUGAAUUGGAUCCGACUGUCGUUAAAGAAUUUUUAAGGUUUAAUAAUUUCCGACCCAUAUUAGAAUACGAUCAAUUAAAUUUACAAAAAAAAUUAAAAAGAGUUUUCGAUGGGUACACCGAGGGUACCAUAAAUUUUAGACCGACUUAUAAAUACGAUACGGGAACUGAUAAUUGGGAUUCGAGCGAAAAAAAUAGAGCUCCGGCUUGGUGCGAUAGAAUAUUAUGGAAAGGUGAAGGAGUUCAACAGCUCGUUUAUAAAAGUCAUCCUGCUUUGAAAAUAAGCGAUCAUAAACCAGUGAGCUCUUUGUUCGAUUCGAAGGUUCACAUAAUAGACGAGGGUAAACAACGUAAGACUCACGAGGAAGUCAUCAAAUGCCUUGAUAAAAUGGAAAAUGAAUUUUUACCGCAAGUAACCGUCGACAGUAACGAAAUCAUUUACGACACCGUACGUUAUUUGGAACCCGUUACCAAAGAAUUAAUUAUAGCAAAUAACGGACAAGUACCCGCGCAAUUUGCUUUCAUUAAAAAAUUAAACGAAACGUCUUUUUGCAAAGAAUGGUUGAGAAUCGAACCUUAUCAAAGUCUCAUAGCUCCAGGUCAGAAAUGCGACGUGCGACUCGAAAUACUCGUUGAUAAAAAAUCCGCUUGCAAAUUGAAUUCCGGGGAAGAUAAAUUAUACGACAUAUUGAUUCUUCAUUUGGAAGGUGGCAAAGACAUAUUCAUAACGGUCACGGGAACGUACGAAAGAUCCUGUUUCGGAAGUUCGAUAGAAACACUCGUGAGAAUAUUCGUUCCCAUAAAAGAAUUGACGGUUGGGAAAUUGAUCGAAUUGGAAAACAACAAAGGACAUACCGCCGGAGGAGGACAAGAGCCGUAUGCGAUUCCGAAAGAGAUUUGGUUUUUGAUCGAUCACCUGUACAGGCACGGAUUAAAACAAUCCCUUUUCGUACAGCCUGGACUUCAAUCGGAAAUAAUACAAAUUCGUAAUUGGUUGGAUUACGGUUCGAGCGAUCCCAUACCCGGAUCGGUUCAUUCUGUUGCGGAAGCUCUUCUCCUACUGUUGGAAUCCACAUCGGAACCUUUGAUACCGUAUAACUUACACAACAUUUGCAUAAGUUGUUCGAAUAAUUACACGGAAUGUAGACAGUUGAUAAUGCAACUUCCGGAAUAUAGGAAAAACGUGUUUUUGUACCUGUGCACGUUCCUACACGAAUUGCUCUCUCAUUCGAACGUUAACGAAUUGGACACGAGAUUAUUAGCCACCGUUUUCGGUAGGAUUUUUCUAAGAGAUCCUCCGGGUCGUCGCUAUCCUGAAACCGUCAAAGAUCGAAGCGUCCAACAGGAAUUGGAUAAGAAAAAAUCAAAUUUCGUACAUCAUUUUCUGAUAAACGAUCAAAGCGAUUUCAUAUUCACUCGUUGA